UUCACAAAAUGAUUGAUGGCAUGUGUGGCCGGGCUUAUCCUCUCUACCAAGACUAUCAGAGCGUUUGGGAUUCAACAGAGUGGAUUCACGUUCGAGAAGACAUUACCACAUUUUUCAAAGAUGCCGUGGGCAAAAGUUUAUCUGAUGAAGAGAUAUCUCAGCAGUUGAAUCAGUUGCAUUCUUUUCAUCAGGAAGCAAUCAUGAAAUGCUUGCGAAGCCGAAAAGAUGAAAUCAAGCAGGCUCUGUUGGGGGAAAUCGCGGCUAUUUCCUCUGCCCAGCUUCAGGACUUUGAUUGGCAGCUAAAGCUUGCACUUUCUAGUGACAAGAUUGCUGCCUUACAGAUGCCACUGCUAACCCUUCACCUGGACGUGAAGGAAAAGGGUGCGGCUACACCCUGUUGUGUUGAGAUGAGCAGAGAAGAGCUGCAGAGUCUCAUCGAGUCCUUGGAAGCCGCUAAUAAGGUGGUCUUGCAGUUGAAAUAAGUAGAAGUGAUGACGAACAGAGCUGAUGAAUGCUGUGCGCUCAGAAAACCUGCAGUGUCCGGUGCCACACUGAGAAAGAUGAGAUUACAAAGAUAAAAGGUUAUUACCUUCCCCGAAGAACAGGAAAUGACGUGGUUGGCAGAAAAUGCAUAAGAAACGAAGAUGAGAAAACUCGUAGCUGUUUAUAUUUUCAUAGUGACUAUUUUGUUUCAUUUAUUUAAUAUUUGAGGAAUCUUUAUCGAUAAACAGUUUAGUAUAAAAGGCAAAUUUGAAUGUAAUGUAAGCAUACAAAGCACAAAUAUACUUGAAUGAUGCUUAAAAGAAGUCUGUAAAUAGCAAGGAUGACAUGUAUUAUGUAAUUAUUUGUGGUACUUUUUAAAAUAACUUUUUAAAAGAAGGCUUAGACUGUAUACAUUUAACUAAGGAGAUUCCAUAUUUUUCUCAUAUUUCAAAGGAAAGAUGAUAAAAGAUCAAAUUUGAGAAAGAAGCCCUUCAGAUAUGAGUGAGGAAAAAUACUCUAAAUUUGUAUAACAAUUCUGUGUAUAAAUUCUAGAAACACACAUUUUGAUUAGAACAUUAGUAAAAAAUGAAAGGAGCAAUUACUUCUGCAUUUCUGUGUCUGGCCAGAAGAAUGUGUUCUGGUAAAAGAGUACAUGCUAUCGUAGAGUGUAUAUAUCAUUAUAAAAUGUCAGAUAAAAAUCCUAUGUUCAUUUUUGUUAUAAACUAGCUGUUUUGGAUAUUAACUUGGUGGAAAACACUCCAUUUUUAAUUUCAUUUAACAUUCCAAUUAUUUUGAGUGAAUAAAGAAUGCCAUACUUUA